UCCCCCAAGAAGAUGCAGCUGGUUGUCAUAGCAACAUUACUGGCUCUGGUCCAGACAGGAAAGAUAUGCCGCUUCGAAUGUCAACCAAUGAACAUGGACGUGGUCAUCACCACGGACAGUUGCAACAGAACAGUGUCCACCACCGUGUGUGCGGGACAGUGUCACGUGGAGGAUCCGUUAUACAUUAGAGAUCAUUUUCCGAAGACGCAGAAGAUUUGCAACGGAGACUGGUUCUAUGAGCGGCAAAACAUUGAAGGGUGUGAAGUGGAUGUUCCUGUGGCCCGGAACUGCGGGUGUCGAUCCUGUAAUGGAGAGAACACGGACUGCAGGCACAUGUCUGAAGACCUCUACGGCUGUUUGCCUUAG